UUUCACUUUAUAAAAAUGAAUUCUAUUUUCAUAAAAUUCUUUCUACUAGCUUUAAUAUUGUCAUUUGCUUAUGCGGCUGAAAAAGGACCAGAUAAUGAAGCAAAAAAGGACGAAAAGGCAGAAAUACCGGCACUGUCAAAAACAAUAGAAGGGGCUAUAAAACCUGAAGCAAAACCUAAUCUCGUAUUUCAAUCUAAAAAUAAAGAAAAAUCUGAUGUUGCUCCUCCGUUUAUUGUUAAAUCAGGAGAUGGAAAAGAUGAACGAAAAAAGCGUUGGGGCUAUGGAUAUGGUGGAUGGGGUGGCUAUGGAGGUUGGGGCGGUUAUGGAGGAGGAUGGGGAUGGGGUGGAGGUUAUGGUGGAGGAUGGGGAUGCUGUGGAGGUUAUGGUUAUGGUGGCUGGGGAUGGGGACGAAGAUAA